AUGUUCGCUGAGAUUCUUGCCGUUUCCGCUUUGGUAGCUUGUGCUCAAGCUGGAGUUUUUGAGCUUGGACAUGGACAACAUGCCACUUCCUACUCAUCCAUCAACCAACAUGUAGCACCAGAUGCCCACUACGCCGCCGCCCCAGUUGUUCAUUACACCGCCGCUCCAGUUGCUCAUUACGCUGCCGCCCCAGUAGCUCACUACGCCACCCCAAUUGUUAAAGCCGUCCACCAAGAAGUAUAUGCUGAUACUCAUCCACAAUAUUCCUACAAAUAUGGAGUCCAAGACGCCCACACCGGUGAUGUUAAGAACCAACACGAAGAACGUGACGGAGAUGUAGUCAAGGGAUACUACACCUUGGUGCAACCUGAUGGUGUCACCCGUACCGUACACUACUCCGCUGACUCUCACAAUGGUUUCAAUGCCAAUGUCGAAUAUAAAGGAGAACCAAUUGUACAAAAAGCUGUUGUAGCCAAAACUUUCGUUGCUGCUCCAGUGUACAUCGCUUACCAUCAUUAA